ACAGCCGGGAUCUGCAGCUGGACUGACGCAGGAGGAGGCGCCUCUUUUCCUUCGCCAUGACUUUCGUUUGGAGGAGGUUCUCCUCGCUCGCCGCAGCUCCUCCCCUCAGUCGGCUGCUCCACGUCGGCCAGCGGGCCUCCCUGACCAAAGCCUUCUCCCGCCGCGACGUGGAGCUGUUCGCCUCUCUGACGGGUGACACCAACCCUCUCCACCUGGACCCGCUCUACGCCAGCGCCACGUCCUUCGAGACGCCCAUCGUGCACGGCGUCCUCAUCAACGGACUGAUCUCGGCCGUGCUCGGCACCAAGAUGCCCGGGCCCGGCUGCGUCUUCCUGUACCAGGAGAUCCGCUUCCCGGCGCCGCUGCACGUCGGAGAGGAGGUGCUGGCUGAGGCCGAAGUGCGUAAAAUCAAGAUGUCGUUCGUCUUCAUCGCCGUGACGUGCACCGUGAAGGACAAAGUGGUGAUGGAGGGGGAGGUGGUGGUGAUGACGCCUGUGGAGCGGCAGGAGUGAGAGGAGGAGAUGAAGGCAAAGAUGAUUUAUUUAUGUUUGAAACAGAUUUUCUUUUUUUAAUAAAGAACUUUAACCAAA